AUGUCCGACACAUGUGCUCCUUUCAGAGGUAAGAUACCGGCACUUCACGAAGCUACCGAAGCUGUUGGUGAAUCGGGAGAGCCAAAGGUGACGGUGAAGAAAGCAGAAGAAGGAAACGGGAAGCUUGAGGAGAGAGAGAUCAGUAUUUUUCAAUUGGAGAUGUCGCCACAUGGUAAGGCUAUGCAAGCAACUCGCCAAGGGUCGAGUAGGAAGUUUUUCCAUGCCAGUCACAAGCUGUCUUACGACGCACCGGGGUUCAUACUGCGAACACAAAUGUCGCAGGAUGGGUCGUCAAAUGUCGCCAUCGGCGAUGAAAGCGGAGCUGUUGUUGCUGCUACUCAUACUAUGGUGAGCAUCUGGAUGCAGACUAUACAGACUAUUGGGCUGAAGGAGUGA